AUGGCUAUUAAGUUACUUUGCUUGGCCUUUGCACUCUUCUGUGCUGCUUCAGCAGCACCAGAGAGUCGUAUCGUAGGCGGUACGCCGACAACAAUUGAGGAUUUCCCGUAUAUUGUUGCCAUCGUGUACCACUACCCUAGACCAAAUAUCCACAUCCAACGAUGCGUCGGAUCUCUUGUCUCAUCGUGGCACGUCUUGACAACCGCCUUCUGUUUCACAGGGGCUGAUGUGAACAACAUGCUCAUACGAGCUGGAUCGACAAAUAGCAUGAGUGGUGGUGUCGAAUCCCGUAUUGCGGAAGUGAUUAAGCAUCCCAACUAUGUAGAAACGCCACGAUCAGCUGACAUCGCUGUCGUUCGCGUAACAGAACCCUUUAGAAUUAGCGACUCUAUCAACGUCUUAUUCAUCCCUCCCCCUGGUACCUUUCUACCUGAUGGUAUGCUCACUAAGGUUGUGAGCUGGGGCUUUGAAAGUGAAUCCGGUCCUCAACUAGAAACUUUGAAGACAGUUAAUCUAAUCAAACUGCCUUUUGCUGAUUGUCAGAAGAUUUUCGAAGGCGCCCAAAAUGUAACCAUCGAUGAAGCCAUGCUUUGCGCGAGUGCACCAGGAAAAGGCAUUUGCAGGGGCGACUCCGGCGCACCGAUGGUCCACAACAGCGUCCUUAUUGGACUGUCUUCGUUUUUCAAGGUCUGUGACAGCGACGAUUACCCCGAUGUCUUCACUAGAAUCGAUUCUUAUACCGAUUGGAUCAUGGACGCCGCUAGUGAUAGCCGAUCUGUUUCUCCGAUUAGAGUAGCUAAUUUU